AUAUGCUGUAGAGCAUGCGAAUAGUGUUAAAAACAACUUGUCAUGUACAGAUGUGAAAGCUGCCUGGCCCGUUCCAUCACAAAGUUGUACUGAGCCAACACCAGUAGUUUCAAUGGAUUGGGGAAGAAAAUUAGAGGACAAAACCUAUUCAGAUGUACCUUCAAUAAACGAAGAGGAUUUGUGCAACAUGCUACAAGAAAUUAAGGAUGCCAAUUCUCAGGCAGCUUUAAUGAGACUUGUCGAGCCAUUUGCGUCUGAAAUAAACAAAGAGGAAGCAUUACUUCCUGUAAUAUUCGGGAUCUAUAAUAAAAAACAUGAAAAAAAGACUCUGGAUGAACUUAUUUUAUUAGGAAAAACCAUCCCGAUGGAUGUAGGGAGGGACAUGGCUUCAGAUAUAGAAGUGAAAACUCAAGGACAGAGAACAUCAGAGGAGUGGUAUAGACAAAGGACUGGUCGAAUUACUGCAUCAGUUUUUAAAGAUGUAUGCAAGACAAGCUUAAAAAAACCAUCCUUGUCACUAAUUAAGUUAAUAUGUUACCCUCAAAAAAUAUGCACUAAACAAAUGAAAUGGGGAAUAGAGCAUGAGGAAACAGCAAUUAAUAAAUAUCAUGAAUCCAUGAUAGAAAAACAUGAAAAUUUUUUAGUAAAUAAAGUGGGAUUGGUCAUAAGCGUUACGUGGCCUCAAUUAGGUGCCUCACCAGAUGGGUUUGUAUAUUGCGAUUGUUGCAGAGGAGGU